CAUGCCGAAAUGAACGCCCUGUUCAACCGCAACUGCUUUGACGUGCGCGGCUGCACGCUGUACACGACGCACUUCCCGUGCAACGAGUGUGCCAAGAUGGUGGUGCAGUCGGGCAUCGGCCAAGUUGUCUACCUGCAAGAUAAGCACCCCAAAGACGCCCCUUACGUUGCAUCUAGGCUCCUCUUCACCAAGGCGAAAAUCCCCUUCCGGCAGCACAUUCCGGAGGUGAAGAAAAUAGUAAUAGACUUCGAAAACUUGGCUGCCAUUAGAUUUCAAAUGGUCCGCUACCCACUAUCUUUCGAAUCAGAGCCAAUCAGAGCUCGGCUUUUUGAUGACGUCACCACAAACCCUGCAAAAAAGAAGCAGACGGACUUGCGCUCCGCAUAGCCUCCCAACGCAGGCAGCGCCAUCUCACGCCGCACAUGGGUGUUAGAAAAGGAGGAGGAAACACAACGGCCCCGAGGAGCG